UACCCGUGACUACCAAUCACUGCAAACCAGUGUGUCGGUGAUUAGAAGGUAAUUAGCAUGCCUGCUGACUAACUACUAACUCGAACCACGCCUUGCGCAAAUCACCAGUCUAGCAUUGUCGGUUGCCAUGACUAUACGCGAACCUGCCGAUGCGGAUGAAUUCGACGCUAUUCUCAAGGAAAAUCCCGAUGCACUUGUGGUGAUCGAUUUCUAUGCAACAUGGUGUGGUCCAUGCAAGAUUAUGGGACCAAAGUUUCAGAGAUUGUCCAACGAAUUUACGUCUGUGGUUUUUCUGAAAGUGGACGUUGAUGAAAGCGAAGAUAUCGUGUCACGUUUCGAUAUCAAAGUCAUGCCAACAUUCGUUUUUAUGAAGGGAGGAGCUCAAAUCGACAUGGUCGAGGGCAGCGUUGAAGAUGAUCUGCGCAAGAAGAUUGAGAAAUACAGUGAACACUCCAAUGAUAUGUCACUGGAGAAGAAAAAAGAGUGAAAAAUCACUCUAUUAUGUCGUAAAUUAUUUUUCUUUGUGUACUUUGUAAAGAUAAAAUUGUGCUGGUCACGCGCGUAUAUAGUCAUAUUUAGUAUGAAUGUCAUACGGUCUCAGCCGGACACACACUGUGUAAUCUGCGCGACCUUCCUUUCUCUCUUCUUCUCUGCCUCUCUUUGUCACAUACUCUAUCGAGUGACCUUUGUAACUCUGCGUCUGUACUAGUCAGCACACAUCUUCACUCUUUCCGUCUGCAUUUCUUGCAGAAUCACACUCUGUAAACUUUGGGAGAGAUGCAAAAGUCCGCAGCUACGGACAUGCGUCACUGAUCACAAAUUAGUUAGCGGUGAUAAGACGUAAGUUAUUGUUGGUUUACUCUGCACAUCACAUUACUAAUUCUAU